AUGGCGGCGAGCUCACCCCGCGGCGGCAGCGGCUGCAGCGGCUACAGCUCCUCGGGCUCCGGCCGCCGCCUCCCACUGCUGCGCGCCCCGACCUUCUCCACCAUGUUUCGGCAAACUUUGCAGCGAUCCCUGCAGCGCUCAGCGCUCAUCCAGAGCCGCUAUAGAACUGGCUUCGUCACCCGCCACCCAGGCGAGCGCCCCGCCGCCUGUGUUGGCAGGAUAACGCCAAUAGGGGUGGAGAAAAAGCUGCUGCUGGGCUCAAACGGGUUGGCAGUUGGGGCCACCAGCAACCUGACCAACGAGGAGAAAGAAGGCCAGAGUUUGCGGUCCUCAGUCUUGAAUGAAGUGUCCACUCGUGCCAGGUCCAAGCUGCCUUCUGGCAAAAACAUCCUCGUUUUCGGUGAAGAUGGUUCUGGCAAAACCACUCUUAUGACUAAACCACAAGGAGUUGAGCAUAGCAAAAAAGGAAGAGGCCUGGAGUAUUUGUACCUCAGUGUUCAAGAUAAGGACCGAGAUGAUCACACACACUGCAAUGUGUGGAUCCUGGAUGGAGACCUGUACCACAAAGGCCUGCUGUUUGCUGUUGUUGCAGAGUCCUUGCCAGAGACCCUGGUCAUUUUUGUUGCAGACAUGUCUUGGCUGUGGACUGUAAUGGAAUCGCUACAGAAAUGGGCUAGUACUUUAUGGGAGCACAUUGAUAAGAUGAAAAUUCCACUAGAACAAAUGAUAGAACUGGAACAGAAGUGUUAA